UGUGGACCUCGUCACAUCGCUUCGCCCAACCCUUACGCUUCAUCACUUUAAUAUCAACCGAGACCACAGAGCGCCACUGUACUCGUCGGCGGCUCUCAUGCGGCGUCGACUUUUGCGAGAUGGCGGGAGGCGCCUGUACGCAGCAACAGUGCUGCUGCUUGCCUUCGCGUCGACUCUGCAGGCCCAGGCGAUGGUCGAAGAAGCAAAGGUGUUCGACUCGGUACCAGCGAUCGCGGCCUUGGAGAAGCACGUGAUUGAGCUCGAGUUCGAGCAGAUGACCACAAUAGCCAGAGGAGAUGUGGGUGAUGACGGCCGAAGCCCUGUCGUCCAUGACCCGCAGGAAACAGAGCCUUUGUUGGAGGUACAGAGCGCUAGCAGCGCGUCUGAGUGCUCGGGUAGUGCAGGAGACGCAGAGACGAUUGAGUUCCCGCAGUCAGAGGACUGUAGUCAGUCUGCAAGUGUCAGUGAUGCAGCUUCAGGUUCAGGAGCGGAGAAUGAGGACGCUGUUCUGGGCGUAACGCUUGAUUUAGGCGGACUGGAGAUCUCUGUAGGCUCGGUAGACAUCGCAGUUGGUUCAGGAGGUAUUGACGUAUCCGCGGGCUCAGCAGGUAUCGCGGUAGGAGCAGGAGGUGUCGAGGCUACAGUGGGCUCGGGAUCGUAUGGAUUUGGCGUUUCUGUGGGGUCGGACUGCGUCGGUGCGACCGUGGGGUCGAAUGAUCUCGAUGUCUCGGCUGGAUCAAAUGGCUUAGGAGUCUCGGUAGGAUCCCUAGGAUUGGACGUGUCAGUUGGAUCAGACGGCAUUGACGCGACCGUGGGGUCACAUGGCGUCGACAUCUCGACAGGGUCACAUGGAUUGGAUGUUUCGGUUGGAUCCCAGGACUUGGACGUGUCAGUUGGGUCAGGAGGCUUUGGCGCUACCGUUGGAUCGAACGAUCUCGACAUCUCGACGGGUUCAAAUGGCUUGGGAGUCUCGGUUGGUUCCCAAGGACUGGACGUGUCAGUUGGAUCAGACGGCAUUGAUGCUACCGUGGGGUCACAUGGCGUCGACAUCUCGACAGGGUCACAUGUAUUGGAUGUUUCUGUUGGAUCCCAUGACUUGGACGUGCCAUAUGAAUCAGGCGGCAUUGGCACCACCGUGGGGUCGAAUGGUAUUGACGUUACGGUUGGCUCUCGUGAAAUCCACAUCGACGCGAGCUCCAGGGAUAUUGACGCCUCUGUAGGUUCACAAGGUCUCCACGUUACGACCAGCUCUUCCGAUAUUGAUGUCUCGGUCGGAUCUCGGGGCGUUCACUUCGGAGCUAGCUCUGCGCACGCUGACGCGACUGUCAGCCCCAACACCGAGUAUACCAAUCUUCCGACUGUCGGCCCCAACGUGCAGGUUACCUCCACACCGUCAAGCGUGGAUGUGUCUGGAGGAUCUGGUAAUGCCCAGGUGGUUGUUGGUUCCACUGACCACAGCGUACCAAUUAAACAGAGUGCGUUUUCGUACUCGGGGGAACGCACUAUUGUUCUUGAAUCGACAUCAGCACCAAGCUCAAAUAUCUCGACUACGACGGAAGAAACUCCGUCCCCAGAGAAAUCAAGCAACUUUACUGCCGCAUCGGGAGAAUCGGCGGUGCCAACGGAAGCAUCGUCUGUGAACGAUACUGUAUCUGGGUCAUACAGCGGGUCAAGCGAGGUUGUCCAGGUCUUUUCACUCACAGCAAGCAACAGUUCCUCAAGUGUGUCUGAAUCUGGAAGCGAUGGCUGGUGGAGCGGGAGUGAGUAUUAUGAGCCGUACACUUCAACCUACUGCCGGUGUAAGGCUACGGAAUGCCAGAACGAAUACCCGGGCGAGUCCAGUGGCUCUACAUGCGAAAGCAAGUUGUCCGAUGGCUCGUGUCCGGCAGGAUACAAGACGUGUGUGUCUACAGAUUCGUACAAGAUUUCGACGUCGACUGUCACUCCUAACAGUGUUGCAGAGGCGACGUUCACUCUUUUGGCUGGCGAUAUCAUCGGAGCGUUCUACAAUUUGGGGGAAGAAGACCCAAUCACCCGCAAAAGCAACUGGUGGAUCACUAUUUCGCUGCCUAGUGGAUGGAGAUUUGUGGCAUGGGAGAACACUGCAGUUGAAGUGACACUACGGGACGAUGAUAGAUACUACUCAUUGGCUGUACGCGUACACAGCUGCGCAGACGUGACGAACAGCAGUAACUGCGACAGCGACACUCAUCGUUAUGGCUUCGUCGAUGUCAUGAGCCUUAUCGAGGGUCGAGAGGAUUUAAUGACGUCGAGCUCUCGUGGUCCAAUGUCCUUCGUGUUGUCCAAGAGUAUCGUCACUGGCGUCAAGGCAUCCAGCAGUUCUGUGGGUGUGAGUGUGUCGCUGUCUUACGAAUCCUCGUCGGGAACGCUUAAGUCUGCUGCUACUUCCAGACGCACGCGGGAGCUGACAGUGAUUGCUUCUGGCUCCAUCGCCUCUACAUCCGCGGCGGAUUUCAGCGCUCUAACUCUCGCCACCAUGGCGUUACCCCAAGUACGAAGAGGCCGCUUGGAUUCGUCGCUGGUGUGGAUGGAGGAGGACACUGAGAUCAUGAUGUUGUCUUUUUCAACGUCUACCAUUGUCGGUCCCAACUCAGCCAAUCCAAAAGUAUGCGUCGACAUGCGCUCAUCGUAUUGCGCGAGUAAAGGACGGGAGCCUACAUCUACUGUGAGCUUCGGAUCUUCCACGCAGGCUUCAUACGUCCAAGGUGGGAAUCCUUUCCUCAACCUCUACGCCGACCCUGGCGAAACCAACCUGAACAUUCAGAGCGACAAUGCCACCUACUUUUGUGUGACGAACCUCCUUCCCUCAGGUGUCAAGACAAACGACUCGUGGGAGAUCCGGACGACCUUCACCUUCCAGAUUCAAGUAACAAAUGUGGCGUGGACUAGCAAUGAGGAUCAGGAGGAUACCAACACUGGAUUCCGAUUACCUCCACUCAGCGAGGUGGUGCUGAUGGACGACAGCGACGUGAUGGGAAGCGACUGCGCACAGACGUUGGUUCACCAGAAAACGUACUCGAAGUCCACUCUGAGUGUUUAUAGUGUCAUGUCGAUCACAUUCUUCGCUGUUGCGCUGGCCGGUGCUGUCCUCGUUACUCGAAUGAAUGGUAUCUCUUUCUCGAGACCUACGUUCUAUAACGACAUGACGUCGCUGUCCGUGAUGAUGAUCUUCAUUCUAUGCAUCGUUGGCAAUGCAAUUUGGAUUAGUGUUUCGACGAAAGCAUCGUCGGCACGAGGAACGGAUAUCUACUACCUGCUGUAUGCGAUUUCUGUCUGCUUUACGUGGACGAUGAUGACGUCGGUUUGCUUCCACUGGGGAACCGUGCUGUUCCACGACGUGGGGCCGUCUGGACGAUUAUUAGUGUUCGUCGUGUACGUGAUCAUCAACGUGGCGUUCUACGCCGUUCAGCUGUUCGGAGUGGUCAGCCUCACGGACUUCUACAAGUGCACGUACGAUGACUACCUCAAGAACCCGUUCUACUCCAUGCGCCUGUGUUCAGACGACUACUGUCCCGAUCUGCAGCCGACGCAGUGGAAAUAUGCGGUGGACAACGUCUGCAAGGAUGUUAGCUACUCGGAUUGGUUCUUCCCGCUUCACCAGAGCGCAGAAUUGCUGAUCUUUCUGACUUCAGUGGCGCUGCUUGUGCUGGGAACGUUUGUGAUCCAACGUGGUGUGCGGCUGAUCGAUCAAUCGGGUGAUAUCUUCGACGAUCACGUGGUGCAGGUGAUGAAAAAGUCGCUGAUCACGUACCUGGUGGUGAUCUUAUCGAUUGCUCUUGUACUCGGAACAUCCUGCAUCAUGAACUCCAUUCUCCACUGGAAGAACUGGAGCAUCAAUUCUGUCGUGUGGUAUGUUUUCUCUAUCUGGCUUCCGACUCUGGUGCCGCCGAUUGGGUUUCUAUUGCUGCAGUGGAAUCCACGACUUCACGGAAUGAAUUGGAACCCGUCGUUGCACGUCAAGGACCCGCAGCUGCUUCAUCGUACGAUGUCGAGUAUCUCCGAGAAGGUUGAAAGUGGCAAGUUCGACAUGUCUGGAAAUGGCACGGGGCUAAGCGAUGGCUGGGCUGGUAUUUUACGCUUUCCUGACACGGAAUACAACCCCAUUGGCCAGGAGAGCGUCGACGGCACGCAGAAUGUGCUUGCACUAGCAGUUCAGCUCGUGUCGCCCAUUCCUCUUACACAUGCCUGCUUUGUUGAGCUCUACGUCGCUGAGAAUACGUCGCCUGAAGGUGAAAACGAUGUGACUGGAGAAGAUCAUUACGAAGACCUUCCAGUGCUGAGUUACCGUCGCUCUUCCAUCAGUACGUUCAUUGAAAGCGGACUACACCAAGAAGGAAUUCUCAGUCGUCGCAGUCAGUCCAUCUCGCUGCUUGGCGCCGGUGCCUUACCUACUCCUGUGCCGGUGUCGAACCCGGCAGCAAAGUGGUCGCGUGUGGGCUUCACAGAGACUGUUCUACCUACGCUGGUGACUGGCAACUCUGAAAGCAGCAGCGGUGUUACUCAAAUCGCUACUUUCUUGUCGGUACUUCAGAUUCCGGUGAUGCCCGCGAACCCACUUCUCCGAUUUGUCGUGUACGAAAUUCCGGAAAAGGCUUCGUCCCCGUCUUCUGAUGGAGAGACGCGUGAGUCUCGUCAAUUGAUGCGUGCAUCGUCCAUUCAACUCGAUGAACGCGCUAGAAUUGCUCGUGUGUCGGGAAUGGGUAUGGCUCCACCUUCACGUCCUAAAGUGUUCUGCGAGUUCUCGUGUGCAUGUGAUGAUAUGCUGUCCGCUGACGAGGUGAAUUUAGUGGCUCGGCAAGUGUCUUACCGCAAUCGAUCGCCGAUCCCGACAGUUCUGAGUGACGGUACUGGCACGGAGUCUCCGAAUGUUAAUGCUGCUAAUGGGGCUGCUAUUCCGGAAGUGGAUCCGUCGGUACCUCGCCUUCGCGUCAAGUCUAUGACUGUCUCUCCACGUCAACUCAAAGAGAACUCUGGCUUCUACAUCACGAAGAGUUUCCAGUUUGCUGAAGGCGACGAAAUGGUGAUCGAAGACAUGAUCGAGAGUCCGCUGACGAACGAACUACCGCGUCAGUAUUUGGAGUUGCUGGUUACUGAGCGUGCGGAUGAUCUGGCGCGUGCACAGGCUGAAGCUGCGGGCUUUGAGGCAAGGGUGAAGAGUGGACUUGUCGGCAAUUUGUACGACAACUUGAUCGAACAAAUUCAGGGCGAGAAUGACCAGACCGUGGUGCAAAUGUGGCUGAAUGAACGCGUCCAGCAACGCAAGAUGUACGUCGAGGCGCUACGUGAAUGCCACCAGUUGUGUAUUGAUCGUGCAGAAGAAGGACUCAAUUUCAAGGCUAGUACCGAGAAGAAGAGCCUCGUGUUGCGAUUCCUGCCCAUCAACCUGCAUGUGCAGGACAUGUGGGUCGGCCCAACGGCGGAUCUGCGCUCGCAGCGAUCAAGACGGACGUCACCUAACGUUCGGGUGUAUCCUACUGUGACGGUCGGCGCGUUUGCUGCUCACUGCUUCAAGUUCCGCCACAAUGGCAGCAUCCUGAGCUUGCGUGCGACGUUGCAGAAGCGAUCGCUGUCGCGCGUACAGAGCGACGUGUCAGACAAGAGCGUCGACGUUGUGGACUGGACCAAUGCGGACAUUCGCUCUACGGACGAGACGCGAUGGCAUCUCACGACACGAUUCGAUAUGUGCUUUUCACAGGCGUUGACGACUUUGGUUACGUCCUUCUGUCGCCAGUUGGAAUACUCGUUGCAGCACCCGAGCGACCGCACAUUCCUGAGGACUAUCGACUCCAUCGGUUUCCUGUUCCAGGUCGAGUCAUUGCUGUCCACACAGGGCAAGGAGAUCGGGAUGCUUGAAGACUUUUCCGCUGCGGUCGAUGCACUCAAACACGUGACGUUUGUGCUGGACACGUCGCCGCCUGCCCACCUCCCUUCUACGCUACUCAAUCUGCACAUGAAGAACACCACACUACCUGGUGUUGUGUCGGUGCGCUUGAGCAAGGGAUCUACCAAGGGAACUUUCACUGUGGCGAUUGGCGUGCGCUGCUCGGAGGACGUGCGAGCAUCGAUCCCGUCCACCAUUCGAUCGGGUGGCAGUAUUACCGUCACCCCCGUGAUCUUCACACAGGGCAUCAACGAGAUGCAGACGCUAGCCAAUAAUGCUAGUGCCAAGAAGACGACUCUACAAGAUAUCAUCAAUCGCAAAAGCUUCUUCGUGCUGACACGCUACGUCGAGAAAUACAAGCAGCUUGCUGCUCAGAGGCCAGACGCAGUGCCUACGCCAAUGAGCACGAUCGCGCCUCUGCUCGAAUCGCUGGAGGAGCGUAUUGCGACUGCCAGCAAGCGGCAUGUCGUGAAAUCUAAGCACCCCAAGAUCAUUCAAGAGAGCUCGCACUUGUGCCGUCUACUUGGUGCUGGUCGUGUUACUUCGUGCAAGAGUGCCAAGGACCGCACUGGUAUGUCCGUGACGCUCGAGCAGGUGCGACUGCUGAGCAAGAACCACGGUCUGCCCGAGGAAUUCGCGGUGCGUACAGUCUCAACCAUGCGCAGCAACGGCGUUCGCCUGGAGAACGCACUCAAAAACACUGGCAAGCGUCAAUACGCAUUCAACGCGUUGCAGCGCUCGCUGCUUCCCGAUGAGUACAAGUGUCCCGAAGGCACAUACGGCCGUGGCAACGUGAGUUAAGGAGACUCGACUGACACUACAGUGUUCGUGAAGUAGCCUCCGUGUCCAAACACGCUGUUAUUAUUUUUUGUCGCUGAAUACAAUUUUGAGGAAAAACAA